AUGCCCGCCAAAGACGACAAAUAUACCGACCCCGAACUGCGGGAACAGGUCAAGGAAGAAGUCAAACAGAGUGAUAAAGGUGGAAAGCCUGGCCAGUGGUCUGCUAGGAAGGCCCAGUUUAUGGCGUCGGAAUACAAAAAGCGCGGUGGAGACUAUACUACAUCAAAGCAAGAAGGACAAGAUGAGUCCCAGAAGAGCCUUGAAAAAUGGGGCAAAGAAGAGUGGCAAACGAAAGAAGGAUCAGGCACCGCGAAACAGGAGGAUGGGACGAGGAAGCGAUAUUUGCCUAAGAAAGCAUGGGAGAAGAUGAGUGAGAAGGAGAAGGAGGAGACUGAUAAGAAGAAACAGAAGGAGUCUAGAAAGGGCAAGCAAUUUGUGUCUAACACUAGUAAGGCAAAGAAGGAGAGGAAACAAGCUGCGGAAGAAAGUAAGGGUGAGGAUCAACAGGAGUCUGAAAAUGAAGACUCUGGGUCAGGCGAAGAUGAACCUGAGGGAUCAGAGGGAUCAGAUGAAGUUAAUGAAAUCGAUAACGAGGAGGAGCAAGAAGAAGAAGAGGAGGAGGAGGAGGAGGAGGAGGAGGAGGAGGAACAACAGAAUAGCGAACCUAAAGGUCAGAAUGAUCAUGAUACUGAGACCGGGAAGAAGCGCACCGCAAGCCAGGAGGCGGGAGCAAAUAAGAAACCCAAGACACGCCAGGACAGUAAGUCAGAGCGUGAGCAAGAAGACUAG